UUCUCCCUCUCCCACUCGCUCUCUCUCUCUUUUCCUCUCUUCCACGGUCUUCUGUGUCGGUACAGGUCUACACGGCAUGGCGCGGGCCUGUACUGACUCAUGUCGCCGAGCAACUAGUACGAUGCCCGAUACCAGCACAGCAGGCCCUAAUCUUGUCAGUUUUGGCAGGAUUCGGCAAGGGGGCUGGAGAAGAAGGUAAGAGCAAGAGAGGGAGGAGAAGAACUGAAAUACAGGGCCCGAUCCUCGUGGGAUGAAAAAAACACCUCUUGAGGCCUUUUUUAUCAUAUGGGAUCCUUGCCACCCCUUGUCAUGGUCUUCCCCCCUCUUAUGUUCUCUCCUUUCCUUCCCUCUCUCUCUCGCCCAUCCUUAGGUAACAUUAUUGCAUCUUUGUCACCAACAGGUUGUGGCCUGAUCAAAGAUUCCUCAUCAGUGUGCUUCUGUCAACAGUAGAGGCUUGCCAAUAUGAAUAUUGCAUCAUAGUUAGUUCUACCUACCAUUAUGAGAGAAGUGAUUGAUUUUGCCACUAUUCCUCUGUCUUGUUUCACUAAUAUUUGCCAUAACUGAGUUGCUGAGUUGUUUGGAAUGACAACUUGCAAUAACUAGCCACUUUAUCUGAGAUGGAAACUUCAUGCACUUAAAAAUUGUCAUGUCUAUCAUUGUUUAUAAGUAAUUUUUCUUCAGGGGGUAUGCCUCUAUUUGUGUAUAUUACUUCUACUAUAACUUUCCUUUCAAAUUCUUGCCUUUUCUAUUAUAGUAUUCCAUGCUAGUCUUUGGGAUAAACAGAAAAUAGUGAUACAUUAAUUGAUAAGAUAAAUGUACCUGUGAAACCUUAAUAUGCAAAGCAUGUUCAUAUUUAUAAAGCUUGACAUAAACCACCCAGACUAAAUGCUACUGGACUUGAGUCAAUUCUCAAUACCGGGGUGUGAAAUCCCUGGUUAACUCAACUUUGGGCAAGAGAAUGGAUUAUCAUGAAAGUUAGAAGAUGAAUUGAGAAGGGAGCUUAUGUUAUUGUUCACUAAACUAAUUUCAUAUGCUUUCUGGAAUGACCCUCCAAAGUUCUCCUAGAAUCCGGUUCUCCAAUGAUAAGCUACUUGUACCGGAUUCCACGCUGAUCCGGUACCCGUCCCAGGCCGGACCAGUACGUACCGGCUGGUACAGACCGGUACGGCAGACCAUGCUCUAGACAAACAUUGAAGAAGUCAAGGUUUGAUAUUUUGAGCUGCAUUCAUCCUUUAGGCACAUAAUAUACAUCUAGAGCCUUUACUGUUAAUCUGCUGCUAAAUAUCUAGUGCUAUGGAUAAUGAAAGAGUGAUUUUUUUUACUAUUUGUCUUGACCACCCUAAAUGAUCGAGUGCACACAGCUACGAUUACCUUGGAAGAAGAAGUCAUCCCUCUUCCGGUGAUUGGCUGCAUAGAUUACCAGAACUUGCAAGGCUGUUGGAAGAGUGCAUAUUUAAGGAUGCUGCUAGAAGGAAGAUUACAUGAGUAUGGUGAUGGAGCCAGUUGAGCACCAUUUGCAAUUGAUAAUGAGGAGUUUACCAAACCACAGCCCUUUGUUGCAUAAUUUCACAUCUUCCUCUUCUCUCAAUACAAUGGUUCCAACAACUGGUAUACCCCAUAAUGGCGGCACAAAUUCUGGAGUUUCUUCUGCAGCAGAAAACUCUGAUAUUACAGCCAGUGGUGCUGGUAUAGGCAUUGCCAACAUGGGUAACUUAUUACCAACUGGAAAUGGCUUAACUGAUGGUGCCUCCUUCAAUGUAUCCAAUGGACCAAUAUCUAAUGGGUACCAGCACCCACCUGCCAAUGCUGCCUUUGGUUCUGGUGGAAACAGUAUAUCAAUGGCUUCAAUGGGUAUCCCACGACAACUAAGUCAAAUGGUACCAACUCCUGGGUUUAGUAAUCUACAGGCAGUGUCCAUGAACUCUGGAUGCUCCAGUGGAAUUGGGCUUUCCAGCAUUGAGUCCGGUGUGGCUCCACUGUCACAGCAACCAAAGCAGUAUGUUGGAAGUCAAAACAGCCAUAUAUUGCAUCAUAUUGGAGGCCCAAUUGGUGCUGCAGUGAGGUCUAAUUUGCAGCAGAAGCCUUCAGUGUAUGGGUUUACAAAUGGACUUAUGAAUGGUGGGUUAGGGUUAAUUGGGAGUAACAUGCAGCUGGGAAAUGGGCUUGUGGCAUCAGAGGGCCACAUUAGUACAGCUCAUUAUGGUAGCUCUCCAAAACGUAUACCGCAGCACUUUGAUCAGCAACAUCACCGACAAAGGAUCCCAAUGUCUUUGUGUACAGCAUCAUUGUCCCAGCGUAUGUUACCAAUGGCAGGGGAUGGUUAUGCAAUGAAGGGAACUGAUUUAGCUGGUUCUGGGAGCAUUUAUGGACCUAGGUCAUCCACUUUAUCUGCCACAAAUAACCUGAAUUUGAAUAGAAUCAACUCUGCUUUGCUAACCGAUCAUGCAAGUUUGCUGUCAAUGUAACAGCUUCCACAUAUAUUAAGACCUCAAAUGUUGGAUCAUUCACAAAAGGUGAACUUCCAGUCCAAUCAGUCCACACAUGAAAAUUUACUGCAAUCACAACAACAAAUGCAGCAACUUAAGCAACAGCCUAAUCAGCCUUAUGCACAGUUUGCUCAAAAUCAGCAUCAGCUACAACAGCAUCAAGAAAGCCAGCAGCAGCAACAGCUUGUGCAAAAGAAUGAUACCUUGAGGCAGUUUUCAAUGCCUUCCAAUCUCUAUGGACAGCUAAUGCCCAAGCAUGCAGUUGUAUCCCUUAAUGAAUCAUUGCUUCCACAAGGCACAGAACAAAUUCACCUUCCAGAGUUACAGAGUCAAAACCUGCAGUCUGCUGAUGAUCAUCUGAAAAGUGCUCAAUGGCCAGGUCAUUUAUCUGGCUCUCAGGGUCUUCAUGCCUCAUUGUCACGGGGUUCACAGCAAUUAUUGCAUCCACACCAGCAGGAUAAUGAGUUUCAGAAUGAGAUUAGUUGCCUUUCUGGUGGAUCACAACCAGAGGUACUCGUGCCGGUUCAAUGGCAACCCCAAUCAUUGAUGAUAAACCACAUGCCAGAUAAGUCUUCACUUGAACAACACAUCCAGGAGGAACUUCAGCAGAGAUCAGCGGGACAAGAUGAAGCUCAACGACCUCAUAUAUCAUCAGAGGGGUGUCUCACCAGUUCUGCUGCUCCAGCAGUAAGUGCUACAGUGCCACAAUAUUCGAGGGGAGUGACCUGUGGACCUGAAAACUUUACACAAAAAUGAAAUUAUCUUAACCAGCUGAGGUGGCAGUUGUUUUUGUACCAUGCUCGUUGGUGUUCAGCUCGGCAAGGAAAAUGUCAAGAACCUUACUGCAUAAAAGUUCAAGAUCUAGUGAAGCAUUUGGAUAAAUAUGAUAGGAAAGAAUGUCCAUACCCACGCUGCUCAGUUUCUAAGAGACUUGCUAAUCAUUUCUGUAAUUGUGAAGCAACAAAUUGUCCUUCCUGCAUUCCUGUACGUGAAUAUAUAGUAUCAAAUCGAAAGGCACGUGCCCAUUCUCUACCUGAUCCUGGUUUGGUGAGCCAGACUCAUGGCUCAUGUAAAGGCAUCAAUGUGGCAGAAGCUAAAAGAAUGAAGAGAGACAAAACAGCUGUUGAAAAUUCCGAUGAUCACCAUUCUUUGCUGAAACGCAUGAGUGCACAACAUAUAUCCCCUUCUGUUGUUCCCAAGAGCGAAUUUUCUCCUAUUUGUGUUCCUCCAAACCAACUCCAUGCCUCGCAAGUAGAACAGGCACAAGAAUGUGAACAGACUGAUGUGACAAUGCCUACUAAUUCUGAGUUUAUAGGAGGGAAAAUGGAUACAUCAAUGGGCUCUGUGCAUGAAGAUUCAUCCAUGUUUGGCAAUGGUAUCAAUGGGAAUGUGCCUACCAUGAGACCCGAUAUAGAUCAUGGUGUCUCAAAUGAUGUUGAUAGUCAUGCCAAGCAAGAAACUUUGGUGGUUGUAAAAGAGGUUGACCAAGCUAAGACUGAAGUUAAGCAGGAAGCAAAUGAUCCACAAACAGAUCCAAUGGCUGGAACUAAAUCAGGGAAGCCAAAGAUAAAAGGUGUUUCAUUAACUGAGCUGCUCAGAACAAGUUAGGAAGCAUAUUGUUAGUCUGAGGCAAUGGGUUGGUCAGGUUAGCUUUUGCACUUUAAAAUAUUUCUAGAUUACUUUUGUAACAUGCAGCAUAUUUAUUAUUAGCAUCAGGUUCAUGCAUUUUUAAUUAGUAAAGAUUUGCUAGCUCGGUAAUUCUCAUUGAGUCAUGGAUAGUAGUUCUAUGCAAAUGGACCAUAAAAUACUGGCUCAUUUGAUGGCCAUUUUGGAGCCAUCGUGCAGCUAAGUGCAACUAUCCCGCUUUUUUUGUUAGAAGAGAUCACUGAAUCUUCUCUUUGAGAGGUAGGCACCCAAACAACCUACUUUCUUGAGAGAUACCAAAAUUAAAGAAUGCGAAAAGGGAUCAAAGGGCCUAGCUUCCACAAAGGCCAGAUAGUGCUGGUAAUGGUGAGGAAGAAGUGGAGCAGUGGGAUUUUGAAGAAAGAUGGGAAGAGGUUGGCUUGCCUACUCUCCAUAGGCUCGGACUUCAAAAUCAAUGAAUCAACAUUUGACUCAUAAAGUAGAUGUUAAGCGAUUGUUAGUUUUUUCUUAGACAAUUGAUGAUAAAGAAGUUACUUCAAUUUUCUCUUGCUUUUUGUUAAAUAAUUCUUUUCUUUCUUUUGGUAAGUAGAAAUAUACCUUAUUGAUUGUUGACA